AUGCAGCACACUGGCAUUAUAGGGAAGAUUUGUGAGAUUAUUCUUUCCAUGCGUUUCUUUAUCUAUCAGUAUGGGGUUGUGUAUCAUCUCAAUGUAGCCAGAGGUGACAAGGGUAUCAUGGUUUAUGCCCUAUCCUGGAUAGUAAUAGUAGCUGUCAUGGUUAUCUUGAAGAUUGUGUCCUUGGGUAGAAAGAGGUUCAGCGUAAAUUUCCAGUUUAUGUUUCGUCUUCUCAAAGUGUUUCUGUUUAUUGGAGCCGUUGUUUGCCUUGCCCUGAUGUUUACUCUGCUUAGCCUCACUGUCGGAGACAUCUUUGCCAGCCUUUUGGCCUUUUUGCCAACAACAUGGGCAAUUAUACAGAUAGCACAAGCAUGCAGGCCAUUGGUGAAAGGCACUGGAAUCUGGGGGUCUGUUAAAGCUUUAGAUAGGGGCUACGAAUAUCUAAUGGAAGUGGUUAUAUUUACACCAGUGGCCAUACUGGCAUGGUUCCCAUUUGUUUCAGAAUUCCAAACUAGGCUUCUGUUCAACCAAGCAUUUAGCCGAGGACUUCAAAUCCACCGCAUUCUGGCCGGUGGCAAGAAACACAAGCAAAACUAA